UCCUCUGGGCUAGCUUUGGAGCUAGAGUAUCGAGCAUGCGCUAAAAACAAGCUGUAUCUAUUAUUGAAUGGGCGUCAUGUGCACGUACACACCUGACCAAUAGCCAAUUGCAACAGCCAUGCCAAGUUCGGAGCUUUAUACAUGCAGGACGGGUGAAGAGUUGGCCCCAAUCCCUACACUAACACGGACAAUUAUUCAACAUUCCUCAGUAGACACAUUCCUCUGCGUCCCAUGAGUCAGGAAUUAUAGGCCCCAGAACUCAAACUUUUCUCAAAGAGCAGUGAUACAGGUGUGGUUUUGUGUCUUCCAGACGCGUGACGUCAUAUCGAAACUUCUUCGUGGAAGUAACCUUUUCAGCCAAUCAUAGCAGACCAACCUGUUGGAUUCUGACCAAUCUCCGCACGCCACUACCAAAUAAGGGCCGGAUAGCCUUUGACCUAAGUGACUUGGCGCCCCACUCCGUUUGAAGUUUCGGUGUCCAGACGACGUGUGCUUCGCCUCUUUACGGCAUUUACUUGUCAAUUCUUCUUAGAUAAAACGAUCAUAAAGCUUUUAGAACUACAAUAGAGUGCAGAUUGAGAAAAGCAAGGUAUCUUCAAGGUAUAUUCGCGGUUGAGAACGAGUCCGACCGGCACUAUCGCCCCCCUCCCACUCUUAACGUUACAUCCCAACAUGGCCACGAGAAAUGGCAAAGCGUUUUGGUUUUCGGCCCGCUUGAAAGUCCUUUGUCUUCUGCUGAUGUUCUUCGCGUGCGGUCGGUCCUUGGGCGAGGACCAACGUCUGUAUGUUUCAUGUGGGGGUGUGCUGACUCUGUCAUUUAAUGCUACUGACACAAACGACGUGUUUCUGGUGAAAUGGGUGCCGGGGAAAAUGAUUACAUUGCUGCACUUGGUGCACUGGGAUGCAUGGACUGCAGGGAGCGUUCCAACAGAUGUAGAGAUAAACCCAGCGUUGGAAGGUCGGGUUGAAUGGACAUAUGAUCCAGCCACCAACAAUUUCACUGUUCUGAUAGAUGACUUCCAACACAGCGAUACUGGGCCAGGCGUCUGGUACGAGUUCCAACAGUCCCGCAGGAAAUCCCCAAAAUUUUACCCAAUCAUAAGAGAUCGCCCAGACCCUCCAACACAUAUCAAGAUCCAUGGAGUCCGACUGUACAGCUUUGAGCUCUCCUGUACUGCUGGUAACAGGUGUGACUUGGCACAGACAUUGUGCCUAAAACAUCUCGGGAAGAACCACUCAAUAUCAUGUAGAGAGGAUGUUCAUCGAGGAGAAGAAGUGCAGUUCCAUGUCGCAGGCCUGAACCACAGCACACAGUACCAGCUGUGUGUGUACGCUGUCAACCAGCUGGGCAGCAGUGGGUGUGGCCAGGCUUCGGCUGUCAUGGUUACCACAGAAGCUAUUGGUCAGUUUUAUGCUGACCUCAGGUUAUUGAAUGUUCCCUUUGUCUCAUCGGACCCAAAUGACGAGAGGAACAGAGAGCUGGUCAACAGAAUAAACAAAACACUUAGUGACCUGCUGCAGCCAAGCCACCCUGAUCUGACAGUGGAAGUCACAGAAAUGCGGGAGGGGAGUGUCAUAGUCACUGUGCACUUCAAGGGUGUGCUGAAGGAGAUGGACACCAUCAGAGGCAAAUUGAGGAAAGCAGUGACAGGAGGAGACCUGGCACACAUUGGAGUGGAUCGCCACUAUUUCUACACCUUUGACCAUCGCGGGGCUGAGACUACAACAGCAGUGUGGAUCUCCAUACUUGUAGCAGUUGUCAUCAUAGUAGCGCUGGCUGCUGUAGUCCUGCUCGCAUACUGCAAGUGGAAAAAGAGGACAAAAGAAGUCGUUGAAGAGGUUCAUCAGUCACUGACGAAUGUACCAGAACCCACACCAUACUUCGAGAGUGAAGAUUUCAAAAACUUGUCCAAAGAAAUGGCAGGCAGUAACAUUUGUAUUGUUCAUGGGCAGUUAGGUAUUGGGAAAAGCCAUGCCGUUGCCAAAUUUGUUGAGCAAGGUCAGGCAAAAACUAAAUCCUAUGUCACUUGGUUUAUAGGGUACACAAAUGAUUUCUCAGACACCAUCACAAACAACAAAACCGGUCUUUCUAAAGAGACCGUGUCAGAAAAGUUGUUGGAGUUAGUGAAAGAGUUGAAAGACUCUGGAAGACCCGUAGACGUAAAGCAAGGGGAAAAAGAUGUCACAAAGAUCUGCAAGGCUCUCAAGGAUUCCAAAACCAAGUGUCUGUUGGUCUUUGACGACGUUCAGGACAUAAGUGUGAUUCCUCGGCAGUUUUUGACCCCAUGGUCAGAAAUUACAGUCUUGAUCACAACAAUGGACGAAACUUUGGGCACCCAAUCAAAUUUCCCCCAAAUUCCUCGUCUUAAAAUGAAUGGUUUCUCGCCAUCAGACGUGGAGUCGUUCUUAACAUCAGGAAAUAGUGAUAAUGUCUUCACAACAACAAGCAAAGCCCUUCUGAAGGAGCUGGCAACUCAGUUCGCUUUCCUCCCUCUUGGUCUAUCACUGGCAAAAGGCCACAUUCUCGACUCAAAUACGUCAGUGCAGGAGUACUUAAACCACCUGCAACAACAGAGGACAGCGAUGGGAAGAGGAAACGGAAACCUCAGUGAGCCAGAGAGAAACAUAUUUGCAGCGGUCCAACUUUUGUUGAUACACAGAAUGGACAAAGUACCCCGUCAGGUUCUUCAGCUUAUGGCCUUUCUUAUGCCAAACAACGUGCCGACAGCCAUCUUGAUGGAAGCAUAUUGGCACCUUAGUGGUAGAGGACUAAACGUAGAUGAAUUCAUAAAAGCUGUGCGGAAGCUUUCUCUCAUACAGGUGGCAGAAGACAAGAAAACAGAGAUGAGGAUGCUGACAAUCCACCAGCUUACGCAGAGAGCAGUUUUCGACAUGCUAAAAAAGGAGGACCAGCUUGAAGAUAAGAUGAUACAGGCUCUUGUCAAAGCUUUCCUGGUUCUUUUCAUCAAGGACACUCGACAAACUCGAAUGGGUGCCUUUGUUUCACAUCUCCUUCCACACCUUUUAUCUCUCCUAAGACAUCCCUCCUUGUCCAUAGAGAAGGUUUUGUCUAUGGACGAUUCAAAUCAUCCUCUGCUCACAGCUCUUAUACGGUUGUAUGAAGUCCUCUGCUACAUGUAUUGCCAACAGCGCCGUCCGGACCAGGCAAACUCUGCUGCCGAAAAGGCAAAAGCCCUCUGCAACCACCUUUGUAAGGAUCUUCCCUCUCAGGAUAUCACAAAGGUGUAUGACAUGCUAAAGAACUUGGGACUAGAUCGGUUUCAAGAGGAUGUAUAUGGCAAUACUGUAACACGCCAGCUCAUAGCAUCUUCGAACAUUGAUGACGUUUUGAAGUCAAAAGUGCCAAAGGACGUCACAAAAACACUUGAUUUGAUGGCAAAGAGCUUCCAACCACUGAGCGAAGAACUGUACAGUGGUCUGGUAAGGUAUGGAGUAGCUUUAAGUACUGAACAAAUCAAAGCUUCCUACCUUAUUGAGCUUGUUGUCAGCGUGUUCUACACCACAGGGCGGAUCCUGUUCUAUCUCCAUGGUGAUAGAAGAAAGGAGUACUUCGCCACAGCCUCGAACGACUUGUAUUUCUCGCAUAACCUUAGCAAGAAGUUUUCAAGUCACACACAGGUUCACCUCCUCAACGAAAUGUUGUCCAACAGAGCAGGUAUACUGUACCUUCUUAAGGAAAAGUCAAACGUUCCUCAAGAUCAAAAGAAUGACCUCCUUGAAGUCAUCGCAGGAUACAAUGAACUCAUUAACGACAGCAACGAUUACUUUGAGUAUGGCAUCCUUAAGAAAGUUCAGCAAGACAACUUUCACGCGAUGUUCUGUUAUCGGUCGAUCGUUGACAGCUACAAAAAACUGGCUAAGUUGGCAUCUUCUUCAGAAGAGAGGAAGACAUUCAUUCGAGACCACAACACCAAUGCCGAGAAGAUGAUAGAAUAUGCAGAGAAGCAAGGCACCAGGAACCAACAAGGGAGAGUCAUUGAUGGAUUAGAACUCUUGCCAGAAGUGUACAACAUGAGAGCACAAUUCAUCAUUGACAUGUAUGCAGCAGGCUUCAAAGAUGACCUUCCGGAAGAUGAUAGCUUGCAGAAUGCAGCACAAUGGGCACACCACGCUCUAGGCGUUGAAUCCUGCAAACCUCUGCACAAGGCAAAAGCCAAUCUACUCCUCGCCUCUGCAUUUGUGAUGGCGUAUGAGCACAGGGAAGUCUUAAGCCCUGACCAUGAAGAGGAUCCAAAAGAGGAACAUCUUGAGGUAAUAGAUGAAAGGGAACAACUCCUCCCAAAAAGUGAAUCAGACAGCAGUGACGUACUCACCCAAGCAGAUGAGUACCUCAAGAAGAGCAUUGAAAUCUAUAAAGAGAUUCCUAAUGCAACCUCUGACAUUGGUAAAGCCAAUAGCCUAGUGGAGAAGCUUCAAAAGUAUAAAGAAGAAACUAAAAACCAAGCUCAACACAGUGCACGAGGUAUGCCAGACAAACCCAAUCAGGCAGUGGUGACUAUAGAAGAUGGGUCACUUAAUAGGCAAGGCAAGCGUGGAGAUGUAGAGGAGAUAGAGAUGGGAAUCAUGAAAGAUAGUAUUGCAUGAAAUGCAUUUCGUCACGAAACAAGAAUCAAUACUACAUAGUAUCAAGUACAUCGUCAGUAAAGGUUGUGAGAUACAAGAGAAGACUAACGAAUGUACAAACACAUGUUGAAAAUUGGGCACAUAUAGUAAUGGCAUACGCGCUACUAAAG